AGUGCGCAUGCCCGUCCCGUCCCGCCCGCAGUCGGGGCAGCGCGGCCGUGGCCAUGUGGGUGUUCGGCUACGGCUCCCUCAUCUGGAAGGUGGACUUCCCCUACCAGGAGAAGAUGGUGGGGCGCAUCCGCGGAUACAGCCGGCGGUUCUGGCAGGGCAGCACCGACCACCGCGGCGUGCCGGGCAAGCCUGGAAGAGUUGUGACUCUGGUUGAAGACCCUGAGGGCUGUGUGUGGGGUAUUGCUUACAGACUGCCAGCUGGACAAGAAUGUGAAGUCAAGGCAUACCUGGACUUCAGAGAGAAGGGAGGAUACAGGACCACCACCGUUCUUUUCUACCCAAAGGACUCGUCAGUAAAACCCUUUGAUGUACUGCUCUACAUCGGCAGUCGCGAUAACCCCAACUACCUGGGCCCUGCGCCUCUGCAGGAGAUCGCCGAGCAGAUUAUUAACGCCGUUGGUCCCAGUGGAAGAAACACGGAAUACCUGUUUGAACUCGCUGAUUCUAUGAGAAAUCUUGUACCAGAAGAUGUAGAUGAGCAUCUCUACUCCUUAGAGAAACUAGUAAAGGAACUCCUGGAAAAAGAACAAAACCUAAACUGCCUAUAGAAUAACUUCUUCCAAUAGUAUUGCUGCAUCUUCAGAGGAAUGGUUGCGUUGCACAGUGGGUAUGUGACUUGGAGGCAUAUUUCUCUGUACUAUGCUAUCUUAUUUAUUUUAAUAUUGCAUUCAGAAGAGUAGUUAGUCAUUAAAACAUACUGUUUUAAAAAAAACAUUAUUUCGGGAAUCAAUAGAAAGGGCAGCAGGGGAAGCGUUUUAGGUUUGAAUUUGGUAUAUUGGUAUUUUACCCAGGCAUCACCAGGGAACCACUUAAGCCUCUCCAUUACUAUAGGUUUAAACUAAAAUCUUCACAGUAUUUUUUAUGAUCAAAGUCUGAGUUCACAUGCAAUGCCUGAGUCAUUGAAGUGAUGGUUCUUUCCAAUUCAAGACCACCAGCAUGGAGCUCAGCGCAGCAAAAGAGAGACGUGAAGUACUUCGUGUAAAUCACAUAGUAAAGGCAUGGUAGGACACUUCCAUCAGUGUUCACCUUCACAGAAAUUAAGUUAUUCCUCUGCAUCAGUGACCUCAUCCCAUAGAUCCUAGUUUGUCCUUAAGCACAGAGGAUAAAGCGUUUCAGUGGUAGGAAAGCAGUCUUUGCCCUUGGCUCCUUAUGUCACGCACCUGAAAAGCACAGCAUGGGGUACUCUGACAUAACAAGCGAUACUGUACAAGUGCCUUAUUUUAUUGUUCAAGGUUAAUAUCAAGAACAAAUAUAAAUUGUUGAAAUUAGCUAAGAGUAUGACUUGAAGCCACAGUGCAGCAAGAAUGCUCAGAAACUCAGCUCUGAUAUCUGCCUUUAAAUGCUGGUGCAAUUCCAUGUCUUGAAAAUUCACCAGUCUCUGAGGAUACAAUUUAAGACAGCAGUUUUUGAGCAACAUUUCAGGGAUUUGAAACAAAAGGUCAUUAAGAAAGGAACCCCCUUUUCAGUCAACUGACAUGUGUUGUACGGGCUGCCAGUCAGCCACGGUUGGAAGCCACCAGCUGAGGCCAGUAGCCUUCCUUUAUGCACAACAGAGGUCAGUGGAGCUUCCUGACAACAACUCGUCUCACUUCUCAAAAUGUUAUUUUUGUGACUUUUCUCAAAGCGUAUUUUUGUAUGUUAACAAAAUACCACGUACCAUCAGGUCUUCUCAUACAGGGAAUGCAUACGUUUAGUAGUAGUUCGGGUGUCUUCAUAUUUUGCAUUAGUACUUGCAAAAACAUCUCUUUCUACUAUCUAAGUUGUCUGUUUUCCUUCUUUGUAUUGUCCUGUUUUAUAUCUGUAAUCCCUCAAAAACGAUGAGGUUAUCAGAAUAACACGCUGCUGUUAUUUCUCUUAGCCACCUACAAAAGUCUAAAAGAGCAUUUGAAAAAGGCACCCAGAUAAGCAGACUGUAGGAUAUUACCUUUGAAACCUAAAUCCUAAACAAUGAGACCACUUGAAAUACGUAGUUAAAAAAGCUAUAUUUCUUAAAGACCAGGUUACAAACUCAGUGUGUUUCUGGCAUCUCUCACAUGUACACUCACUGAGGGGAAAUAAGAGCAGAUUACUUGUUAGAAUCUGCUGUUUAAUGGUUGAACGCUGCCAUUUUAAAAGGGUAACAGGGUCUUACUUGAUGGAUGACUCUAACCUGCAGAAGCAAAUCUGAUCACAUCCGAAUCACACAUAGUAGCGAGGCCCCAUUCUUCCAUCAGUACAUGAGUUACUUGCAAACUCCUAUGGGGGUCUUGAUUGUCCACUGCACUGUGAUGGUUUAGGAUUGAUGCAACUGAGUGGAAAAGCAGCCCUGACUAAUGCACCUGUACAGCAGGACAGGAGGGUGGUGGGGACAUCCAGGUGUCCUUAUGUCAGUCAUUCAGAUGCCCGACCAUGUAAUGACAUCAACAUCUGAGUGACUUCGCACACCAACGACUGACAGCGAUAGCCAACACCGACAAACACAUGCCAUUAACACAUGCAUUUAUCCCCUCUGACUUAAAGAACAAAUCUUAAGUGUUAGGGGAUAUUCAGCCAUUACUAAAAAUGUUAGGUAUGAUUUAUGUCACAGAUACAUAAGUGUUCCUCCCUCAGCAAAACAAAGUCCACUUCUUUUCUUGUGCUUGCCUCAGAUACAGCCAAGCUGUAGUAAAGUUAAAACACGUGGGACAGCAGGUCCACUUGCAUGUUUUAAUUCUUUCCUCCCAAGCUUAUCUGUGUUCCUCAGAACAGGGCAAGGGAUGCACAUGCUCACUAAUGAGCCACAAACAUCAGCAAUGAUUCUCUCUUUGAAGCUCUAUUUAAGUACUGUGUUGGGGCGCUGUGGUUCUGUAUGGCUCUACAUUUUGUGUCUUUAAUUAUAGUCAGGACAUUGUUGGUUCACUUGCUUUCCAGAUUCAGAACAUUUGCAAUAAUAUCUGUAAUGAUACAUUCCAGUUUGUGCAUGCAACUUCAAUACAAUAAAACGCAUCACGUUUAUUAAUGGUGUUGGAGAAAGAAA